UUUUCCGGGGCUGGGGUUCGCCACCUCGACAGUCGGCUCCGUCAGUCCCUCCGCGAACUCCUCGGCGUUCGCAUAAACUUUUUCUUUUUGGUUUUCUUCCGGUUUGAGUAGAAAUCAGGAUGGCGGAUAAGGAGAAGAAGAAGAAGACCAAGAAGAAGGAGGAGGCGCCGGCAGCAGCACCUGCUGAAGCACCACCACCAGAGCCUGAGCCGAAGAAGGAGGAGCCCAAGUCAAAGAGCCCUUCGGGGACACCGACGAGCUCGGCGCGCGCCAGCAGCCGCGGCUCCAAGAGGGCGAAGCGCGCUGGAUCCAGUGUAUUUUCCAUGUUUUCUCAGAAACAGGUCGCUGAAUUCAAAGAGGCCUUCCAACUUAUGGACCACGACAAGGAUGGUGUUAUCGGUAAGGAGGAUCUUCGUCAGACCUUCGACUCAGUGGGUCGUCUCGCAACAGACAAAGAGUUGGACGAUAUGCUCGAGGAGGUACCUGGACCCAUCAACUUCACCCAACUGCUCACCCUCUUCGCCAACCGCAUGUCGGGAGGAUCGGAUGAGGACGACGUCGUCAUCGCUGCCUUCCAGACCUUCGAUGUUAACGGAAAGAUCAACGGCGACAGGUUGAGGCACGCCCUGAUGACAUUCGGCGACAAAUUCACGGCCAAGGAAGUGAACGACGCCUUCGACAACAUGUACAUCGACGAGAAAGGAAUGAUCGACACCCCCAGUCUCAUCGACAUGUUGACAGGAAAGGGUGACGAUGAGGAUGAAUAAACUGUGCAAUAGGCUGACAAAACAUCACUUCUUCCCAUUGCAAUGACAUCUUUUAAAAAAAACAAAUGAUCAAUAUUAAAAUACAUUUGAACUUUUGAUGAUUGAAAUACCAUUUGAAUUCAAGCUGAGCCUCGUUCAACGGCAGGCCCGACUUGCAGACACGUAACGGUGGCUCCCUGAGAUUAUCUCGAUGAUUUUAUGAUCGUUAAUGCCACUUGGAUGGGGCCACUGGGGAUACUUGCUCGUGUAUAUAUGUUAUACGUUAAAUUAACUCGAUAAUUAUUUAUCCAUGGACCCACGUCCCGUCUCAUCCCACUGUUUUUUUUGUUUAUUUCACCGUUUUUUUGGUUCGUUUUAAGAAUGAAAUAUCAUCGCGGGCCCACGGCGAGGCCUCGCGGCUUCCUUCAUCCAUUCUCCAUUCUAUUCAUAUAUAAAUAAAGUUAUUUAAAAGUA